AUGACGCCCAGAAAGGAUGUGGCCAAGUACAAGAAUCAAAGGAUAAGCGACCAUAGGCUGCUCAGACAAUACUCGUUGAGGAAUGUCCCUAGAUGCGACUUUGGAAAAUCUAAAUGCGACACUGCAACAGAUGUCCGAGUUGUUACGAACAGUGGAGAUUGCAAUACUCAUAGUUGCCGUUGCGCUUUCUAUCUUGUUAAUAGGCAUGACCGCUAUCUGCUACUACUCCAGCUACAAGAAGUAUACUUCGAGAAGAUGAAAGCAGUGAUCGCCAAAGACAAAACACGCCUCAUCUACUUGUUUCAGAUGCUUAGAGAUUGGUAA